CGCAGGCUACAGACUCACAGUGGGAGCAGCCCUGAACGGAGGGAGCGCUCGUUUGUUUUUGGGUUUUGACAAUCUGGAAGAAUCACUGUCUCACAUUUUGUCACGUUUCAUAACAGUGUGUGUGACGCCGCAGCAUGAGUCCGGGCCCUGCCGAGCCUUGUGGACUCUGAGGCCCCGCACGGACAUCCCCCUCACACCGGCAGAAGAGGACCCUCAGUGACCGCGUCUCCUCCGGCAGCAGCUGCAGCAGCCCGAGUCACAAUGUCAAGCAGCCCCGAAGGAAGCCUCUCCAGGGGCGGCGGCUCCGACCGAGACUUGAAAAUGGCCUCUUCGAGCAACACAUCCCCCGAGGGUGGACCUCCACCACCGCUGCACCAGAACCGUAUACGGCAGUCUGACAGUAACACCAGUUUCCUGCGGGCUGCUAGAGCUGGAAACAUAGACAAAGUCCUCGAUUUCCUGAAAAAUGGAGUAGACAUCAGCACUUGUAACCAGAAUGGUCUUAACGCACUACACCUGGCAGCAAAGGAGGGACACAAGGACUUAGUGGAGGAACUAUUGGAGAGGGGAGCACCUGUUGACUCUUCCACCAAGAAAGGAAACACUGCCCUCCAUAUUGCCUCACUGGCUGGACAAAAAGAAGUCGUCAGACUACUGGUAAAGAGAGGAGCAGAUGUCAACUCUCAGUCACAGAAUGGCUUCACUCCGCUCUACAUGGCAGCCCAGGAGAAUCACCUGGAGGUGGUGCGGUACAUAUUAGAAAAUGAUGGAAACCAAAGCAUUGCAACAGAGGAUGGCUUCACUCCGCUCGCCAUCGCUCUCCAGCAGGGCCACAACUCAGUGGUCUCCCUGCUGCUAGAGCAUGACACCAAGGGUAAGGUCCGCCUCCCGGCCCUGCACAUCGCCGCCCGCAAAGACGACACAAAGUCCGCCGCACUGCUGCUGCAGAACGAUCACAACGCCGACGUCCAGUCUAAGAAUGGGAUAACGCCUCUACAUGUGGCCUCCAAGAGAGGCAACACCAACAUGGUGGCCCUGCUGUUGGACCGAGGAGCUCAGAUAGAUGCUAAAACUAGGGACGGGCUGACCCCCCUACAUUGUGCAGCCAGGAGUGGACAUGACCCAGCUGUGGAAAUUCUGCUGGAGAGAGGAGCUCCCAUCUUAGCCAGAACCAAGAACGGACUGUCCCCGCUGCACAUGUCAGCCCAGGGAGACCACAUAGAGUGCGUUAAACUCCUGCUGCAGCACAAGGCGCCUGUUGACGAUGUCACACUGGACUACCUCACAGCCCUGCACGUCGCAGCUCAUUGUGGUCAUUACAGAGUAACCAAGCUUCUGCUAGACAAGAAGGCCAAUCCCAAUGCUCGAGCACUGAACGGUUUCACUCCUCUCCACAUCGCUUGUAAGAAGAACAGGGUGAAGGUGAUGGAACUGCUGGUCAAAUACGGAGCCUCUAUUCAGGCCAUUACUGAGUCUGGUCUGACUCCCAUCCAUGUAGCUGCCUUCAUGGGCCACCUCAACAUUGUUUUACUUCUGCUACAGAACGGAGCAUCUCCUGAUGUCCGAAACAUUCGUGGUGAGACAGCUCUCCACAUGGCAGCACGAGCAGGUCAGAUGGAAGUGGUUCGCUGCUUGCUGAGGAACGGAGCGUUGGUGGAUGCCAUAGCCAGGGAGGACCAGACUCCCCUCCACAUAUCGUCCCGUUUGGGGAAAACCGACAUAGUCCAAUUACUGCUGCAGCACAUGGCUCAUCCAGACGCGGCCACCACCAACGGCUACACUCCCCUCCACAUUUCAGCCAGGGAGGGCCAGGUAGAGACUGCUGCCGUGCUGCUGGAGGCCGGAGCCUCACACUCACUGGCCACGAAGAAAGGAUUCACUCCAUUACAUGUAGCAGCUAAAUAUGGAAGCCUUGAUGUAGCAAAACUCCUCCUUCAACGCAAAGCUUUCCCUGAUGAUGCCGGAAAGAAUGGCCUGACUCCGCUCCAUGUGGCAGCUCAUUAUGACAACCGAGAGGUGGCUCUGCUGCUGCUGGAUAAAGGGGCAUCGCCUCAUGCUACUGCAAAGAAUGGCUACACUCCUCUCCACAUCGCAGCCAAAAAGAACCAGACGAACAUCGCAUUAGCGCUGCUGCAGUACGGAGCAGAGACCAACGUCCUGACCAAGCAGGGAGUCAGUCCUCUACACCUGGCAGCCCAGGAGGGACACGCUGAGAUGGCCAGCCUGCUGCUGGGAAAAGGAGCUCACGUCAACACAGCCACCAAGACUGGACUCACGCCUCUGCAUCUCGCAGCCCAAGAGGACAGGGUCAGUGCAGCAGAAGUGCUGACCAAACAUGAUGCCAAUUUGGAUCAGCAAACUAAGCUUGGAUAUACCCCUCUGAUAGUAGCCUGUCACUAUGGAAAUGCCAAGAUGGUGAACUUCCUGUUACAGCAAGGUGCCAGCGUUAACGCCAAAACCAAGAAUGGAUACACACCACUUCACCAAGCAGCACAACAAGGGAACACACACAUUAUCAAUGUGUUGCUACAACAUGGUGCCAAGCCCAAUUCCACUACAGUGAACGGAAACACUGCACUCUCCAUUGCCAGACGUCUGGGUUACAUCUCUGUAGUGGACACACUUAAAGUUGUCACUGAGGAGGUCAUCACCACCACAACGACGGUCACAGAGAAACACAAGCUCAAUGUUCCUGAGACCAUGACGGAGAUCCUCGAUGUGUCUGAUGAAGAAGCUCUGAGACUGGAAGACGAGCCGUUAUCUGAGAUGUCUGUGGAGCUAGAAGGUGAGGACACUAUGACGGGUGACGGAGGAGAGUAUUUACGAGCGGAAGAUCUCAGAGAGCUGGGAGACGACUCUCUGCCAGGACAUUACCUGGACGGCUUCAGCUACAUGAGCCACAACCUAGACAGGCCGGAGCGCACUCCCAUUCACCAAAGUUUCCAUCAGAGAGACGGAGUUCUAAUAGAAGACAUGCUUACAAGCCACCAGGUGUCGGCAUUGUCUAGAGAACAUGAUAAGGAAUCCUUCCGUCUCAGCUGGGGUGCUGAGCACCUCGAUAACGUGGUGCUGUCCUCCAGUCUGCUUCAUUCUGGCCGUUCCUCUCCGUGCCUAGACCAUGACAACAGCAGCUUCCUGGUCAGCUUCAUGGUAGAUGCCAGGGGUGGGGCCAUGCGUGGUUGCCGUCACAAUGGCUUACGAAUCAUCGUGCCACCAAGAAAGUGCUCUGCACCCACAAGGGUGACAUGUAGGCUUGUGAAGAGACAUCGCCUGGCCUCUAUGCCCCCUAUGGUGGAGGGUGAGGGGCUAGCUGGUCGCAUCAUUGAAGUAGGACCCACUGGAGCUCAGUUUCUGGGUAAGCUCCACCUUCCCACAGCUCCGCCCCCUCUAAAUGAGGGUGAGAGCCUGGUCAGUCGCAUCCUGCAGCUGGGUCCUCCAGGAACCAAGUUCCUCGGACCUGUGAUUGUAGAGAUUCCCCAUUUUGCAGCCCUGCGGGGAACAGAGAGAGAGCUAGUGAUCUUGAGGAGUGAGACGGGGGAAAGCUGGAGGGAACAUCACUGUGACUUCACUGAAGAAGAACUGAACCAGAUACUCAACGGCAUGGAUGAAAAACUCGAUUCCCCCGAGGAGCUAGAAAAGAAAAGAAUAUGCCGCAUCAUCACCCGAGACUUCCCACAGUAUUUUGCUGUGGUGUCACGGAUAAAGCAGGACAGUCAUUUGAUUGGACCAGAGGGUGGGGUCCUCAGUAGCACUCUUGUGCCCCAGGUCCAGGCUGUCUUCCCUGAAGGAGCCCUCACCAAGAAGAUCAGAGUUGGGCUACAGGCUCAGCCCAUUGAUGUCGAGUUGGUGAGAAAGAUUCUUGGUAACAAAGCCACAUUCAGCGCAAUUGUCACAUUGGAGCCAAGAAGGAGGAAGUUCCACAAGCCAAUCACCAUGACGAUCCCUAUACCCAAGAGCUCCAAUAGUGACGCAUCAAGCGGAGUGUACAGUGGAGAGACCCCCACCUUGCGUUUACUUUGCAGCAUUACGGGUGGAACCACUCCUGCCCAAUGGGAGGAUAUCACCGGAUCCACACCACUCACAUUUGUUAACCAGUGUGUGUCUUUUACUACAAACGUGUCAGCGAGGUUCUGGCUGAUAGACUGCAGACAGAUCCAGGAGUCUGUUAGUUUUGGCUCUCAGCUAUACAGAGAGAUCAUCUGUGUCCCAUACAUGGCCAAAUUUGUCAUUUUUGCAAAGACGUUGGACCCCAUUGAGGCCCGCCUGCGCUGUUUCUGCAUGACAGAUGACAAGAUGGACAAGACCCUAGAGCAGCAAGAGAACUUCACUGAAGUUGCCCGUAGCCGAGAUGUUGAGGUGUUGGAGGGAAAACCCAUAUUUGCUGACUGCUUUGGAAAUCUGGUGCCUCUUACCAAGAGUGGACAGCACCAUGUGUUCAGCUUCUAUGCCUUCAAAGAGAACAGACUGGCCCUCUUCAUCAAAAUUCGAGACACAGCACAGGAGCCGUGUGGUCGCUUGUCCUUCACCAAGGAACCGCGCACAUAUCGUACUCUUAACCACAAUGCUAUCUGCAACCUUAACAUCACUCUCCCAACAUACACAAAGGAGUCUGAUUCAGACCAAGAUGCAGAUGAUGAGAGUGAGAGGAGUGACAAGAAAUUGGAUUGGCAGGAUGAUGCUGACAGGAAAGAGGAGACAUUAGCUAUCGUUGCAGAUCUUCUUGGAUUCAGCUGGACUGAACUGGCAAGAGAACUGGAAUUCAGUGAAGAUGAUAUCCAAUUAGUGAGAACAGAGAAUCCAAAUUCCCUCCAAGAGCAGAGCCAUGCCUUGCUGCAGCGCUGGGUCGAGCGAGAAGGCAAACAUGCCACAGAGGACUGUCUGAUUAAGAGACUAACCAAGAUCAACCGCAUGGACAUCGUCCAUCUUAUUGAAACCCAGAUGAACAAAUCAGUUCAAGAGCAAACAUCUAGGACUUAUGCAGAAAUAGAGAAGACAUUGGAUCACAGUGAAGUGUCAGUAGCCCUAUCUUCAGUACAAGAGGAUGCAGACAGCCCCAGAGUUGUGAGAAGGGUGGAGUCAGACCGCAGACCUCCCCCAGCUGUUUCUGAAGAGGAUCUCUCAGUUGCUUCUCUCCUGGAUAUUCCUUCCUGGGCAGAGCCUGUUGGACACACCCACUCAGAGAGCAUGCAUGGUGACCUGCUGGAGGAGCUCGAGAUCCCACAUGAACUGAACCCUAACCUAUGGACCUCUGAGGAUGUAAUUACACAAGGACCUACAAGUUAUGACAACUCAGAUGAGCAAGCUGAUGAAAUGCCUGACCUCCCCACUCAGUCAGUGAUGGAAGAGAAGUACAAGGAUGAAAAUGGACAUAUUGUUGUCAAAAAGGUUACGCGUAAAAUUAUUCGCAAAUGUGUUUCCGCGGAUGGUGUGGAGCAUGAAGAGGUAUCAUCAGAAGGUGCUGCCCACGAGUCCAUCAGUAAAGCAGAGGGAGAUGGAUACUCGAAGGUGGUGAAGCGAACUGUAGUGAAGAGUGAAGGAGACCAUACAGAGGUAACAUUUACUGAGUGUGAGGGUUUCUCUGCAUCAAGUCAGGAAACACCUGAAGGUCGAAAGGUGAGUCGCAUAGAAAGGACAAUGGUGGUGGAGGGCGAAAGGACAAUGUCACACAAGGGUGAUCCGUCUCUGGCCUCUGACCUUCCCUCAGCCCAAGACGAUUUCAAACAGGCUCUUGGUUAUUUAAGUGGUUUUAGUAAAACAGAGCUCCCUCAUAUUUUGGAGAGAGAGACUGUGAAAGAAGAUGGAACUGUGGUCAGGAGGGCCCACAUGCGUAAAGGUCGCACCCGCAGACGAACCGUGGUGAAGGGAGCUGGGCAGCGCAAACAGGUCCUUCUAGAGCAAGUGGACAACCCCAGAAAAGGGUCCAAACCACACGACCUCCAGCAGCAUCUCCACCAGCUCUUUCACCGCUACUACGAAGAAGAAACAGAGGACAACAAUGAGGAUGACGAAGAGGAGGAAGUGUAGAAGAAUGUGUAACACUCUCCCCCGCUCCCUGGCUCUGCCCACGCUAAAGUCAGUCCCUUAAAUCCUAUGCAUUAGCCACAUGCAAUCCCAGUGUGCACCACGGCACCUCAGAUCUACCACUGUCUUCCCAUUUAAGUCCUGGAAGAUGACCUUUUUUGUUCACACCUUGUUUUAUUCUUCCCUGGCUGGUACUCAUGAUUUUCUUUUCAUGGUCUGAUGUUUUGCCUUUUUUUGUGACCAAAGAAAGCCUUCUUUUUUUCCCUAAUUCAUUGUACUUUCCAUGUCAGUAUUGAUAUUUUUGUCUUGAUGCUGUGGUAGAGCAACCAAAUAAAAAAAAAAACAAAAAAAAACCCAGAGGAAUAUUACUCACAUCAACUAACUCGCAAACCUCCUUAAGGUAAAAGAACACUUUACCUGCAAAACACUGGUACAACUCUCUGAGUACGUUCUCAGACUGAAAGACAAUAUCUCUGUCACACUGCACUGCCUCUCACAACAAAGAGUUUCUCAGAUAUUCCUUACUUCAAAAACUGUUUCACUCACUGUACUCCGCUCUUUGGAUUCAGGUGGUCAAGAUGUCACGAACCCGACUGUAUCGACACUGAAUUUAACCGCUGCUGCUGCUGCUGCUGUGUUUUGUGUAGGCUAUGUGUAAUCUUGUCUUUGGGAAUUAUAUAUUAUCUAUAAUCUAGACAUUACUGACAUCGGUAGCCUAGGAAUUAAUAAUCACUCAUGUGAAGUAGAGCAGGCAUGACUAAUCAACAUCUGUCAUUAUGAUCCUAGCUUUGACUGCUUUGUAGUUCUAUGGAUUGCCCUCCUGCCUCUUUUUCCCUUCUGUGUGUGUGUUUCUGUGUCAUUGUGUUUAAUUUUAUUCAGUUUGGGGGGGCUUUUUCUCUUAAAUCGAUCUUGAUUUGUGCUGUAUGAAUGGUGACUGUGUGAGGGAGAUUGUACUGUAGGUGCUGCAUGUUCGAGUGUAAGCUAAAUACUGCGUUGUUGUACGGAGGGGGAAUUGUCGAGUUAUUAUAAGCUGAUUUUAAACAUUUUUUUGAAGACAUCUUAGUUUAUUUUUGAUUUUCAGUUUACUAGUUAGUAUAGAUAACUUAUUUAAUAAUUGUUUGCCACAGGUGAUUAAGGUAAUCACAGCUGUUUUAGUCACUUGUCUGAUAUGACAUUUAUGGUAAGAUGAUCAAGUGUUUCCGCUUUAUUUAAAGUUAGACUUAAUCAGGGUUUAGGGUUAGGGUUUAUCUUUUUAAAUGAGUGUUGGACCAGUUUUUGUUUGUGAGCGAACGAGUCUGUGAGUGUAGUAACAGAGUGUGUGCUGGUUUCUGUCUGCAAAGAAAAGAAACAUUUAUUUUACAUAAGCACUCCUGAAUGUCAGGAGGGAGCACCUCCAUGCUUUUCCUGCACAGGCUAUGAGGUAGAGUAUAUCUUAGCCACAGAGAUAGUUUUUAUUUUGGCGAGGAAGGGGGGAAAUGAUAAAUACAAGGUAAUGACACACUACGCACACGCGCAAUGAGGCAGGUUGAGAGCUUAAAUGUACCAUUACUCACAGCUCUGAGCAUCGCUAUUGUAUGUAUCUACAACAUGUAAUGUAUUUAUUUCACUAUCACUGUUUACUUUGUGAUUUAGAAAAAAAAUGUAAAAUGCAAACUAGUGGAAGUUCACUGUGACAGGUAUGCUUUUAAUUUUGAAGAAUCAGCAUCCCUUUUUUCUGUGAUGAUGACAGUUAUAUACAUAUAUGAUGCAUAUAUAAAUAUCUAUAAGGGCAUGUAUUACUGUAUCAAAAUUCAAAAAGACAAAAACAAAAUGGCUGCAGUGUGUCUAUGGCUGAUAGAGAAUAAAAGUCUACAAAUGUA